GUGGGCGGGGUGGUUGCGAGGAUGUACAGUGUGUUUGUGACGAUAAGCAACGUGAAUGAAAAAAUGACGAAAUAACUGUGAUCGAGGGCAAGUAGCGGUCGCGAAUCCAAUUCAUACAGUACUGCGCAAAAUAAUCAUUUCUAGUCCAACCAGCUGUCUGCUUACCCCCUGUGACCUCUUGGAAGGUUUUUAAGAGCACUAUGGGGAACACAAGCAGUGAGAGGGCAGGCAUGGGCCAGGAAAAGGCCCACAGAAGGGACAGUCGAGGAACUAAGGAAGGAGACCGUCCCAAAAUCCUAAUGGACAGCCCAGAAGAUGCCGAUAUUUUUCAUGGGGAGGACAUCAAAGCACCAUUAGUAAAAGAGGAAUUCAUUGACUGGAGAGCAGACCUGGACACCAGUGAAAAGGUUCUCACUUUAGAUCGACCCACUGUGUUUCGGUGGACAGGAGCUGGAAGAGAAGUCUAUAUUUCUGGCUCUUUUAAUAAUUGGACCAAUAAGAUUCCUUUGAUUAGGAGUCAAAACAACUUUGUGGCGAUUGUGGAUUUGCCUGAGGGUGAACACCAGUAUAAAUUCUUUGUGGAUGGACAGUGGACACAUGACCCAACAGAGCCUGUCGUGACCAACCAGCUCGGCACGGUCAACAACAUCAUCCAGGUGAAGAAGACAGACUUUGAGGUGUUCGAUGCACUCAUGGUGGAUUCACAGAAAUGCUCUGACAUAUCAGACCUGUCCAGCUCUCCUCCUGGGCCAUACCAUCAGGACUCUUACGUCCCCAAACAGGAGGAGAAAUUCAAAUCUCCCCCCAUCCUGCCCCCUCAUCUGUUACAGGUCAUACUCAAUAAGGACACAGGCAUCUCAUGUGAUCCAGCUCUGCUCCCUGAGCCCAAUCACGUCAUGCUUAAUCACCUGUAUGCUCUGUCCAUUAAGGAUGGCGUAAUGGUUCUGAGUGCCACCCACCGGUAUAAGAAGAAAUAUGUCACAACCCUGCUGUACAAGCCAAUCUGAGAAACAUGGCCGUUUCAAACGCUCAAUUUAUAUGACCUCUGAUCUUAUAUCAGUAUGUAUUAUUGUAAAUAGGGAUGUACAGAAAUGCACUUUAGAGAAAGAGCCCUACCCUCUGGUACAGGUUGGUACACUUUUUAAAACCAUUACUUAGUGGAACUGGGCCAAAAUGACUGAAUCUAAACCAGUAUUUGGAUAAGAGGUGUUCUUGAAUGUGAAAAUUAGUGUAAAUAGAGCUUGACAUACUCAUUAUUUUGUUUAGUACAGUGUUAAAACAAAUGACAUAGCUGUGUAGAUAAAUAUUAAUAUAUUAUUAGGAAGCUUAUUGAUUUUCGGCCAGAAAAAGGCCUGUUAUUAGCAGUUUUAGCAGUCAGAGACCCUAAUGUAGAAAAACUGAUGGGUUGAAGAAACUGUUUCACUCAAGAAACUAAUGAAAUUUUUUUUUUCAAUUUCAUGAAAAAAUGUAUCUUUUUACAUCCAUCUUUUAAUCUUCUACAAAGAUUAGAACAGAGCAAAAUAAUUAUUCCAAACAUCUUGAUUUAACUUUUAAUCUGUGUUAUGUUCUCUGAAAUUAAAUAUCACUUUUAAUAAAUGAUUCCACCAA